UCAAUGAUAUGGAAAAUGUUUAAUUUCAUUCGAUUUGUUUGAGAUAAACGAAAAGUAUUUCUUCCAAUAGAAAGUGCGAUCGAUAAUUCCAUUUUUUUUUUGUUAAUCCAACGGUGCAAAAAGUUGCAGUUUCCUAGAAACCGCAAAUCCUUUGUUCCGUUGCAAUCGUAAUUCUCUGUUGUUGGCUGAAUCAUUGUCUAGCUAUUGUUCCUCUUUUGCGAGUAAAAUUUCGAUAUAGGCUAUUUAAGUGUACAACGAUGAAAUGGCGGCGACAAAAAUAUUGCUUCUUUUAUAAUAACAUGGCCGAUUUUUUUGUUGUUUUGUGAUGCUUUGUAUACAGCGAAAUGGCGGCUGUAAAAAAAAAAAUUCUGCUGUGAAAUAAAUGACUUAUGAACACCUAGAAUAUUAAGAAAUAAAUUUUAAAACUGAUGUGUGCUUAUUUUAGCUUCAAAAAGUAAUCUACUUUUUCGUAGCAAUAGGAAUGUCUCCUAGAGUACCGGAUACCUUUACCGCAUGUCUCAAUUGUGUGCAAAGUGUUAAAUGCAAAACCAAAACCUAGGUUUUGCGCCUACGGAAUGCGACUCAGACUAAUUACAAUUUAAUCGAAAUUGUAAAUUAGAAUUGUCACAAUCCAUGGUGCAUAUUUCUUAUAUAAAAUGGUAAAGAAUCUAACAAAAUCGAAAAUGGAAACUAGCGCAACAACCACUCAAGCGAGACCAUUACCUAAACCACUACAAAAACCAUCGAAAAACCCCAAGAAAAAGGGAAACCGUCGCAACAACAACCAUACAACGACAGAAAAUGGUACAACACUGGAAGAAUCAUUAAAUGCCAUCGAUUUGGCGCAAGUGACUGAUAUGGGUAUUAAGACGCCUGUAUCUAUUCUCCAGGAGAUUCUUAGUCGACAGGGAAUUACACCGAGUUAUGAGCUAGUGCGAAUCGAGGGUGCUCAUCAUGAGCCUACGUUUCGGUAUCGCGUUUGGUACAACGACAAAGAUGCAAUUGGAGCUGGCAAAUCGAAAAAAGAAGCUAAACACUCGGCUGCCAAGGCCUUAAUUGACAAAUUGACUGGCGUUUCGUAUACGGUGAACGAAAUCAGCACCACAGUGAAUGGAAACAUUGAUGAUCUGAACUCAAGCUUGGAUAGUAAUGUUUUUGGCAAUCCAAUCGGAUGGCUACAAGAGCUGUGCACUGCUAGACGUUGGCCGCCACCAAUGUAUGAAAAUGAAUUGGAGCUGGGACUGCCGCACGAAAGACAAUUUACUAUUGCUUGUGUCGUGUCCAAAUAUCGAGAGGUUGGCCAAGGCAAAAGCAAAAAAAUUGCUAAACGUUUGGCCGCACAUAAAAUGUGGAUCAAUAUUCACAAGAAUGCGUUGGCUAAGAGCAAGGCCAAUCAAGAUUUAGAUGAUGAUGUUAAUGCUGAGAUGCCUGUCGUAAGGAUUUUGAGUCGCUACACCAGUUUGAAGGGUGUGAAUAUGCCGAUUGCUAAUAACCAACAUGUGGUAAAAGUAACUGAAUUUCAUAAGUCACUAAAAAAUGUGGGAGGAAAAACGUUAAAUCAACUGCAGACAACCACCGUCAACACCGACGAAGUGAACUACAUCCAAUUCCUCCAAGAAAUAGCGACCGAACACCAAUUCGAAAUAAAAUACGGUCACAUUGAGGACAAAACGGUAGCCGGCCGUUUUCAGUGUUUGGUUCAAUUAUCCACUCUGCCGGUGGCUGUGUGCCAAGGCACCGGAACAACAGCAGAGGAGGCCCAAGCGAAUGCAGCUCACAAUGCAUUGGAGUAUUUGAAGAUUAUGACUAAAUCCUAAAUGAAAGUCAACUGGUUAAGAGAUUGGGGGUUACACGUAUUCGAAGGCUAGAUGAAUAGUGGAUGCGCACAUGCAUUCGCAUUAUGGGAAUAUUAUGAAUUCGAACACGUGUAGCAACUGAGUAUCUUUUCGUGUCGUUGAAGAGUAUGCAUUACAUUAACCCUUUUAGUGAGCUAUAUGAAAUAUGAAAAGGAACUUAAAACAUUUUUCUCUAUUAUUUAUAUGAAUAACUUUUAAAAAAAACAAGAAUAACAGUAAACGUUAGGAAAAACAUUAUUAUUAUUAACCUGUAAGCCACCCCCGUAAUGGAAUCAUAAUUUAUAGUAAUUUAAGAGCCGGUGGGUCUGAGUAAAUUUCAAAUUAUAUUUUAGACGGAACAAUUACUGAAAAUUACAAGCAAGCAAGCAGUUAUGUCAAAAUCCAAGAAAUUUUCCGUAUUCGAUAAAUUGCGUGAUAAAAAGUGUGUGGCUGUUUUACACACACACCUCGGUACCACACUCAUCCGCAUACUUUUUAUCAUGUUAUUACCGAUGGCGAUGUCUUUUUGAAUUUUGAUGUAAACACUUUUUAUGUUUUGCCAUUUUCAUUAUUUCGCUAUUUUCACGCCAGAAAAACAUCGAAUCAGUGCGCCGGUUUCUUUUUCGCGACUGAACUGGACAACAAAUUGGGGGGAAAAAAAUAUUUUAAAAUAACUCUUACCGUUCGGAUUUGAUUUGUAGUAUAGCCAAAAUGAAGUUUCUGCUUUAACGACUACAAUUUCAUCGCAACUGUACAAUGAUAUGACAGCGCUGGACUCACAAUCAUCCAAUCUAUCGUAAGAUUUUUUUUUGCUUUAUUCAUUCACUUACACUCACACACACGGUGACAUCAACACAUUUAUUAAGCAUCACCUCGAGCAUCACCAUCAGGAUUAAACUGAUCAAAAAACGUUGUAACGAGUCGAACAGCAACGUUAUUUUGGCGCGAUAUUUUAAACAUUUUAAUGUGUCAAACCGCUAAUUUUAUCAUUUGGUCCCUUCUAACAGAUUGAUUGAUUUACUGUCCACGUUUUCGCAAAUAUUUUUACACGGGAUCUCACUGAGUUUCGGCAAAAUGAUUUACUGUUAUAUUGUCCUGCCCCAGCAUAAUCAACCUAAUGUUGCCUCCGCUAUCUGGGGUAUAGUAAUGUGAAACAUGAAACUCAUUUAAAUUUUCCUUAGUACGUCCAGUACUUCCCUGAGAAAUUCUCAAUGAAAUUAUCGAACGAAGGCGUGCAUUUCGUCGCAAAUUCAUCCAAAUCGAAAUUUUCCUUUUCUAAGUAUGGUGUCAGUGAUGAAGCUAGCGGCAUCUUUAUGCCGACUGACGUGUACAAUUACGUGUUGCAUAAAGGAGGUUCAAAGCAUAUUGUUACAUUGAUGGCAUUUCAAACGUCCUGGAAUAAGAUCUAUGCUGAAAACAGACAAAGCAUUGAGAAUCUGUUUCGAUAAAUUUUUCACUGUUCUAAUGUCACUUUUGACGCUUAACGAAAUCAAAACAAUGAAAAAUUUGAUCGAAUGUUUUGCCUGUCUGCCUGUUUUCAGCAUUUUUACAAUCUGUUAAAAAUAAGAUGUAUUCCCGUCAAUUUUUAUCACCAUUGAUAAAUCGAAUUCAUGCCGUUAGUGCGCUGACAAUUCAAAAUGAACGUGGGAGGGUUUUUUUAACGAAGCGUUAAAUCGUCCCAUUCUCAUUUAUAAGGCAAAUAAACUGCAAACACACUAGCCCGAGGCAGUUGAUGAAUUUAACGUGAUAGAUUUAACUGACAACUGAUGAAUUUUAUCAACUCUGUGACGGGAUGUGACGUAAUUUCCAAAUUAAUGAAUUUUUAUGGUGCAUUUCGUACCAAAUGCCGGCUGUUUUGUUAUGUGAACUCGCCCCAUCGUCAGUAGAAACCAUAAAUGUUAAUUUAUUUCUAGAGAAUGUGAUUUGGUGAUGAUUUGAAGAUAUUUGCAAAUGUUUUUUGUUUUUGUUUUUGAAAAUACCUUCAAAAUAUUACAAAUAUUAUUUCUCUGCAAUUUUGGAUUUGAUUGAAUCCAUUCAAUGAUUCUUAUAACAAGUGACAAGAGCCCCACUCUUUUCGCGCAAUAAUUUUAAAAUCCAAUUUGAAAUUUACUGAUUGAUUCACAUUGAGUUAUUUUAUAUGUAAUCGUGUUAAAACAACAAAUU